CCCUAAACCAGACCUCAACAACAUGGCAGCUACUCCCGGCUUUGGGCCCCUGACUUCCGCUGUUGAAAUCACGGCAGCAUUUCCCGAUGCUGUCAACGGCAAGAACAUCAUCGUCACCGGUGUGUCCCCGAACAGCUUAGGGCUUGCCACUGCCACUGCCUUCGCAUCCCAGUCCCCGGCAAGCCUCAUCGUGACGGGCCGGUCGGUCGAGAAAGUCCAGGCGUCGAUCGAGUCUCUGAAAGCAAGCCACCCAAAUGUCAAGUAUCACGCUUUGAUCAUGGAUCUUGCAUCCCAAACUUCCGUCCGGGCUGCUGCAACCAAGAUCAGUGACGAUGGCACUAUCCCUACCAUUGACAUCCUUGUCAACAACGCCGGAGUGAUGGCCAUUCCUACAUUGACCCUUUCCGAGGAUAGCAUUGAAACAACCUUUGCCACGAACCACAUCGGCCAUUUCCUCUUCACCAACCUGAUCCUGCCCAAGAUGAUCAAGGCCUCCCAGACCUCUUCCCACCCGACAAGAAUCGUGAACGUGUCUUCGUAUGGACACCAAUUCUCCCCCGUCCGAUUCUCCGACAUCAACUUCCGCAAACUCCCAACCGAGCUACCCGAAGACGAGCGCCCCGAUCUGCAAAAGACCGAGUUCUUCACCGGCAGUAGCCAUUCCGAAGACACAUACUACGGCUUCUUCUCCUACGCGCAAUCCAAAACAGCGAACGUGCUGUUCUCGGUUUCCCUGAGCCAGAAGCUGCAGGCCAAGUACGGGAUCUCGUCGUUUGCGGUGCACCCUGGCGCCGUUGACACGAAUAUCAGUCGACAUGCUACCCCGAGCGAAAUCGAACAGGCCCUUAAGAGAGCCUCCGAGCUGGGCUUUGACUCUGCUCCGAAAACCCCGGAUCAAGGGGCGAACUCAUCCGUUCUUGCUGCGGUUGAUCAUGGAUUACCGCCUGUGGAUAUCUCGGAUGUUGAGGCUAAGGGGGUCUACCUUGCGGACUGCAAGGUAGAUGAUGAAAAAGUUGCAGCAUUUGCUAAGAGCGCGGUGUUUGCGGAAAGGCUUUGGGCUUUGAGUGAGGAGUUGGUACAGCAGAAGUUUGACUUUUAGAUGCACAGAAUGCAAGAUUUUGGUAUUGUUAGACGCCUGAAUGGCAAUUCCUUUAGCUCUAGGAUAGAUA